CACCACCCAGCACCACGAACCGGUUUAGCAACAUUCCUGACGUAUAUUCUUAAUAACCUCUUUGUCUUAAUAUCAACUUAAGCUAACCUUUUACUUUGAGAUGGGAAAAUAACGCUAACAUAAACGGAACGAGAAACAUUUGAAGCCGAUGUAAAUAACGCAACGAAAUGGCUUCUCCAGCAACUGUUUCACUCAGCCUGUUUUUCCUGUCUGUCGGCCUCGUGCUUUCUGCUUCAGAUCAGAGUAACAUCACAGCUACAGCUGGAGACGACGUCACUCUGCCAUGUCACGAUCCAAACCACCCUCUGAUAGUUGUACAGUGGAACAGGGCAGAUCUGGGAUCAGCUUUUGUCCUUCGGUACAGAGACAGGAGAUUUGAUGAAGAAAACCAGCAUCCAUCCUUCAAGAACCGAGUGGACCUCCAGGACCGACAGAUGAAGGACGGAAACGUGUCUUUGGUUCUGAAAAACGUGACGACUAAUGAUAACGGAACAUACGAGUGUCGAGUUCAAAGAAAAGGAUCCAGUGAAAGGAUAAAGAUCAGCGUCAUCAGCCUGCACGUUCUUUUGCCAGGAGACGAGGAUGGAACCAAGGAAGAUGGAGGAAACAUGAAUGAAUCUGUUGGACUGAUAGUUGGUUUGCUAGUUUUCUUCACAUUAAUUAUUGUUGCAGGUGUUUUAAUCUAUAAAUAUCUGAGGCAGAAACAUGUUCCUGAUGAGAUGGAUAAACCAGAAGACCCUGUGAACCUGUAAGCUGUGUGAAGUUGGA